AUGACUUCCAAAGAAGAACCCAAGCCCUCUUCGGGGGAAGAACGGCGGCGGAGCCCUUUGGAUCACCUCCCACCGCCGGCCAACUCCAACAAGCCCCUCACCCCCUUCAGCAUCGAGGACAUCCUCAACAAGCCCUCGGUGCGGAGGAGUUACACCCUCUGCGGAACGGCCCACCUCCUCUCCGCCGCCGAGAAGCACCCCCCGGCCGGGCUGCCCCUCUCCGGCCGGGCGCUGCUCUCCCAGACCUCGCCCCUCUGCGCCCUGGAAGAGCUGGCCAGCAAGACCUUCAAGGGGCUGGAAGUCAGCGUGCUGCAGGCGGCCGAAGGCCGGGACGGGAUGACCAUCUUCGGGCAGCGGCAAACGCCGAAGAAGCGUCGGAAGUCGCGGACGGCCUUCACCAACCACCAGAUCUACGAGCUGGAGAAGCGGUUCCUCUACCAAAAAUACCUGUCGCCGGCGGACCGGGACCAGAUCGCCCAGCAGCUGGGGCUCACCAACGCCCAGGUCAUCACCUGGUUUCAGAACCGCCGCGCCAAGCUCAAGAGAGACCUGGAGGAGAUGAAGGCCGACGUGGAAUCGGCCAAAAAGCUGGGCCCCAACCCCGCCGUGGACAUCGUGGCCUUGGCCGAGCUGGAGCCCAGCGCCGAGGGACGGGGCAAGGCGCGGCCCGGGUCCCCGCCGCCGCCCCCCGCCGCCGCCCGGGAGCCCGGCGCUCCGCCGCCGCCCCGCCCCGCCUCGCCCCCCACGGAGCGGCCCCGCAGCCGCCGGGACAGCGAGGAGGAGGAGGAAGAGGAGGAGGAGGACGUGGAGAUCGACGUGGAUGACUGA